GAUCCACAGACUUCUAUUAUACUAAUAUAGAAAUGUGUGUCACAAUCACAGUAAUACUAUAUUUCUUAUUUGAGUGAUUUCUGAGUGACUUCUCUCCUAUUUUAAGUUGUAAUAAGUCUAAUGUCUAUUAGAAUUUAGAAAAAUAACUUAAGAAUUAAGAAUAUUGAGUAUUUAAGUAUUAUAUAGGCAUACUCCAUGCAACUAUGUAAUUAGUUACCUAUACCUAUGUGCUAUAGUAUAUAAAUUGUAUGUUUAAGCUGAUAUAUUGGAUUACAGACUUUUACAGUAUUUACUGCAAAUACUUAUUUUAGGAAGUUCCUAUUGAAUUCUGUAUCAUAUUAUAUAAAAACAGUAUUUCAAUGUUCAAUUAAACAGUAAACAGUGAUAUCCAACUUAAAUGAGUAAUGCUCAAUCAAAAAGGCAUAGAAUAAAAUAUGUAAUUUGUCCUGUAGUAUAUCCAGUACAGUACAGUAUAGAUUAUAGGCAUUAAUAUAAUAUUAAUAAUUAAUUUCUAAUUUAAAUUAUAUUGUUUUUUAACAGUUAUCCUUCGACUUGUACUGUGAUUGUGAAUAUUUGUGUAGAAAGAGUUUAUACCUGCAUAGCUACAUCUUACUUCUAUCAUGUAUGAAGUGCAUGUUCUUUUUGUAGGCUAUUGUCGGCCAACAGAAGGUGGUAUGUUGGCCAAUUGUACCUGUACAUUGGUCAAAGGUCCUAAAAACAUUAUCGUUGACACUAUGACUCCAUGGGAUGGUAAGAAUUUAAUAAAUGCUAUUGAACAACAUGGAGUUGGAUGUGAUGACAUUGAUUAUGUAAUUAGUACUCAUGGCCACUCUGAUCAUGUGGGUAACAAUAACUUAUUUUUGAAUGCUAAGCAUUUGGUGGGCCGAUGUAUUAGUUACAAACAGAUGUACUAUGACGAUAGUAAAUUUUUCAACAGCGAUGGUGUGUAUGAAAUUGAUGAGAAUAUUCGAGUUAUCUCAACCCCUGGACAUACACUGACGGACGUAUCUGUUAUCGUUCAAACAACCAAAGCAUCAAUUGGAAUUGUAGGCGAUUUGUUUGAAAGUGAAGAUGAUAUAAUGGAUGAAUCCAUUUGGUUAAAUGCUGGUAGUGAAAAUCCAGAUUCACAAAAAAAAUAUAGAAAAGCUAUUAUGGAACAGGUGGAUUGGAUUAUACCUGGUCAUGGUGCUAUGUUCUGUACCAGGAAAUACAAGUGAACAAUAAAAUGUUUAAAAAUAGAAAUAAUUUU